GCGAAGAAAAAAACGAGUCUGGAUUUGGUCAUCCAAAAGGGUCCUAUACUUGGUUUACCAUGGAUCACAGGCUUUGGAAUUAACGGCAAAAUUUAUGAUCCAUUCUUGCGGGGACGAUACACGGAUAAAGUUGACGUCGUCAGACUCGGAAUCCCAACUGGAUGA